GCUGGGGGACGACCGAUGCGUGGUGGAGCCGGCUGCUGGCGACCGCGACAAACCGCCCACGCAGUUUCUGGAUUGCCUCUUCAAAGUCUGUCCCAUGAACCGCUACUCUGCCCAGAAGCAGUACUGGAAGGCCAAGCAAACCAAGCAGGACAAGGAGAAGAUCGCGGACGUGGUGCUGCUGCAGAAACUCCAGCAUGCAGCCCAGAUGGAGCAGAAGCAGAACGAUACGGAGAACAAGAAGGUGCACGGGGACGUGGUGAAAUACGGCAGCGUCAUACAGCUCCUCCACAUGAAGAGCAACAAGUACCUGACGGUGAACAAGCGGCUGCCAGCCCUGCUCGAGAAGAACGCCAUGCGGGUGACGCUGGAUGCUACUGGCAACGAGGGAUCAUGGCUCUUCAUCCAGCCCUUCUGGAAGCUGAGGAGCAACGGAGAUAACGUAGUUGUGGGAGACAAAGUCAUCCUGAACCCUGUCAACGCCGGGCAGCCGCUGCACGCCAGCAACUACGAGCUUGCUGACAACGCUGGCUGCAAGGAGGUGAACUCGGUCAAUUGUAACACCAGCUGGAAAAUCAACCUUUUCAUGCAGUUCUGUGACCACAUGGAGGAAGUGCUGAAAGGGGGGGAUGUGGUGAGGCUCUUCCACGCCGAGCAGGAGAAGUUUCUCACCUGUGACGAGUACAAAGGCAAGCUGCACGUCUUCCUCCGCACCACCCUCAGGCAGUCGGCCACCUCGGCCACCAGCUCCAACGCCCUGUGGGAGGUGGAGGUUGUCCACCACGACCCGUGCCGAGGAGGAGCCGGGCACUGGAAUGGCUUGUACCGCUUCAAGCACCUCGCCACGGGCAACUACCUGGCAGCAGAGGAAAACCCAAGUUAUAAAGGAGACGUGGCUGAGCCCAAAGCAGCGCCCACGGGGGGCAGUGGCCGGGCCAGCCGCAGGAACACGGGUGAGAAGAUCAAAUACCGUCUGGUGGCCGUGCCCCACGGCAACGACAUCGCCUCCCUCUUCGAGCUGGACCCUACCACGCUGCAGAAGACUGACUCCUUUGUCCCACGAAACUCCUAUGUGAGGCUGCGCCACCUCUGCACCAACACCUGGAUCCAGAGCACCAACGUGCCCAUUGACAUCGAUGAGGAGAGGCCCAUUCGCCUCAUGCUGGGCACAUGCCCCACCAAAGAAGACAAAGAAGCUUUUGCCAUCGUCUCUGUGCCAGUGUCUGAGAUCCGGGACCUGGACUUUGCUAAUGAUGCCAGCUCGAUGCUGGCCAACGUGGUGGAGAAGAUGAACGAAGGUUUUCUCAGCCAGAAUGACCGGAGGUUCGUGAUCCAGCUGCUGGAGGACUUGGUGUUUUUCGUCAGCGACGUCCCCAACAAUGGCCAGAACGUGUUGGACAUUGUGGUGACCAAACCCAACCGGGAGCGGCAGAAGCUGAUGCGGGAGCAGAACAUCCUGAAGCAGAUCUUUGGGAUUCUGAAAGCCCCUUUCAAGGACAAGGGUGGGGAAGGGCCCCUGGUGCGGCUGGAGGAGCUGUCGGACCAGAAGAACGCUCCCUACCAGUACAUGUUCCGGCUGUGCUACCGCGUGCUCCGGCAUUCCCAGGAGGACUAUCGCAAGAACCAGGAGCACAUUGCCAAGCAGUUUGGCAUGAUGCAGUCCCAGAUUGGCUACGACAUCCUCGCCGAGGACACCAUCACGGCGCUGCUGCACAACAACCGCAAGCUGCUGGAGAAGCACAUCACCAAGACAGAGGUGGAGACCUUUGUCAGCCUGGUGCGCAAGAACCGCGAGCCACGAUUUUUGGACUACCUCUCUGACCUGUGUGUGUCCAACCACAUUGCCAUCCCCGUCACCCAGGAGCUGAUCUGCAAGUGCGUGCUGGACUCGAAGAACAGCGACAUCCUCAUCAAAACGGAGCUGAGGCCAGUGAAGGAGAUGUCCCAGACCCACGAGUACCUGAGCAUCGAGUACUCGGAGGAGGAGGUCUGGCUCACCUGGACAGACAAGAACAAUGACCACCACGAGAAAAGCAUCCGGCAGCUGGCACAGGAGGCCCGGGCUGGCAAUGCCCAUGACGAGAACGUCCUCAGCUACUACAGGUACCAGCUGAAGCUCUUUGCCCGCAUGUGCCUGGAUCGCCAGUACCUGGCCAUCAAGGAGAUAUCCCAGCAGCUGGGUGUGGACCUCAUCUUCCUCUGCAUGGCAGAUGAGAUGCUGCCCUUCGAUCUCCGGGCAUCCUUCUGCCACCUCAUGUUGCACGUGCACGUGGACAGGGACCCCCAGGAGCUGGUGAUGCCCGUGAAGUUUGCACGGCUCUGGACAGAGAUCCCCACAGCCAUCACGAUCAAAGACUACGACUCCAACCUCAACGUCUCACGUGAUGACAAGAAGAACAAGUUUGCCAGCACCAUGGAGUUUGUGGAGGACUACCUCAACAACGUGGUGAGCGAGGCCGUGCCCUUCGCUAAUGAGGAGAAGAACAAGCUCACCUUCGAGGUUGUCAGCCUUGCCCACAACCUCAUCUACUUCGGCUUCUACAGCUUCAGUGAGCUGCUGCGCCUGACACGGACACUGCUGGGCAUCAUCGACUGUGUCCAAAACCCCCAGCUGAUGAUGCAGGCGGUCUACAACGAUGAGGUGACGGGGAAGAAUGUGCGCAGGUCGAUCCAGGGUGUUGGGCAGAUGAUGUCCACCAUGGUGCUGAGCAGGAAACAGUCCAUCUUCAGCCCCCCAAGCCUCAGUGCAGGGUCUGCCCCAGAGCAAGUGGACAGAGGGAGGAGCAUUGAGAAUGAGAACAUUGUGGUGAUGGAGACCAAGCUGAAGAUCCUGGAGAUCUUGCAGUUCAUCCUGAACGUGCGGCUGGACUACAGGAUUUCCUACCUGCUCUCUGUCUUCAAGAAGGAGUUUGUGGAGGUCUACCCCAUGCAGGACAGCGCAGCCGAUGGGACGGCUCCAGCCUUUGACUCCACAAGUAACUCUUCCACUUUCUCCCAUGUGGCUGCUAACACCAAGCACUUUCAUCCCGGCUUCAGGAAGACAAGCAGCAUGUUAGAGGUGGAUGACGAGGGAGGGAGGAUGUUUCUGCGGGUGCUGAUCCACCUGACGAUGCACGACUACCCACCGCUCAUCUCCGGCUCCCUGCAGCUCCUCUUCAAGCACUUCAGCCAGAGGCAGGCGGUCUUCAAACAGGUUCAGCUCCUGAUCUCAGCCCAAGAUGUGGAGAACUACAAAGUGAUCAAGUCAGAGCUGGACAAACUCCGCACGAUGGUGGAGAAAUCGGAGCUCUGGGUGGACAAGAAGGGCAGCAGCAAAGGGGACAGCACGGUGGAGGGGAACAAGAAGGAAAAGAAGGAGCUUGCUGCUGAUGAAGAGGUCAUUGCUCCGGGAGAGAAGAGCAGUGAGAACUACCAGAUAGUCAAGGGGAUCCUGGAGCGGCUGAAUAAGAUGUGUGGGGUCGGAGAGCAAGUGCGCAAGAAGCAGCAGCGCCUUCUGAAGAACAUGGAUGCCCACAAAGUGAUGCUGGAUCUGCUGCAGAUCCCUUAUGAGAAGGGUGAUGCCAAGAUGAUGGAGAUCCUGAAGUUCACCCACCAGUUCCUGCAGAAGUUUUGUGCUGGCAAUCAGGAAAACCAGGCCCUGCUGCACAAACACCUCAACCUGUUCCUCACCCCAGGGCUCCUGGAGGCUGAGACGAUGCAGCACAUCUUCCUCAACAACUACCAGCUCUGCUCGGAGAUCAACGAGACUGUGCCACAGCACUUCAUCCACUGCGUGGCCACGCACGGCCGCCACGUGCAGUACCUCGACUUCCUGCACACCAUCAUCAAGGCUGAGGGCAAGUACGUCAAGAAGUGCCAGGACAUGAUCAUGACCGAGCUCACCAACGCUGGGGACGACGUGGUGGUUUUCUACAACGACAAGGCUUCACUGGCUACCCUGCUGGAGAUGAUGACAGCAGCCAGGGAUGGGGUGGAGGAGAACAGCCCCCUCAUGUACCACAUCUCACUGGUGGACCUGCUGGCUGCCUGCGCUGAGGGCAAGAACGUCUACACAGAGAUCAAGUGCACGUCCCUGCUGCCCUUGGAGGACGUGGUGCGGGUGGUGACACACGAGGACUGCAUCACGGAGGUGAAGAUGGCCUACGUGAACUUCGUCAACCACUGCUACGUGGACACGGAGGUGGAGAUGAAGGAGAUCUACACCAGCAACCACAUCUGGACUCUCUUUGAGAACUUCACCCUGGACAUGGCCCGGAUGUGCAAGAAGCGAGAGAAACGCCUGCCAGACCCUACCCUGGAGAAGUACGUGCUGACGGUGGUGCUGGACACCAUCAACGCGUUCUUCAGCUCCCCCUUCUCAGAGAACAGCACCUCAUUGCAGACCCACCAGACCAUUGUGGUGCAACUUCUCCAGUCCACCAUGAGGCUGCUGGAGUGCCCCUGGCUGCAGCAGCAGCACAAGAGCUCGGUGGAGGCCUGCAUCCGCACACUGGCCAUGGUCGCCAAGAGCCGCUCCAUCGCGCUGCCCAUGGACCUGGAUGCCCACGUCAGCUCCCUGCUCAACAGCAGCUCCACCAGCACCGUGCAGAGGAACACGUCCAGCUACAAGGCGGCCACACGGACCUUCCCGCGCGUCUCCACCACCCCCAACCAGUGGGACUACAAGAAUAUCAUAGAGAAGCUGCAGGACAUCAUCAACGCCCUGGAGGAUCGCUUGAAGCCGCUGGUGGAGGCUGAGCUGUCUGUGCUGGUGGAUGUCCUCCACCGGCCAGAGCUGCUUUUCAUGGAGGGGACAGAGGCGUUUCAGCGGUGCGAGAGCGGAGGGUUCCUGUCCAAGCUGGUGCAGCACACCAAGGACCUCAUGGAGACGGAGGAGAAGCUGUGUAUCAAGGUGCUGAGGACACUGCAGCAGAUGCUGGUGAAGAGGAACAAGUACGGUGAGAGGGGCAACCUGCUGCGAAAAAUGCUGCUGAACAACUACCUGCAGAACAAGAAGUCCGGCUCCAAAGGUGAAAUCAUGGAUGCUGCUGGGGGAGGAGGAGACCAGGACUGGUCCGCUAUCGCUGCUGUCCAGUGCCGGCUGGACCGAGAAGGGGCCACCAAGUUGGUGGCUGACCUCAUCAUGAACACCAAGAACGAGAAGAUCUUCCAGGAGAGCAUCCUGCUUGCCAUCCGGCUGCUGGAUGGAGGCAACACCGAGAUCCAGAAAUCCUUUUACAACCUCAUGACCAGUGACAAGAAGUCGGAGAAGUUCUUCAAGGUGUUGCACGACCGGAUGAAGAAGGCGCAGCAGGAGACCAAGUCUACGGUGUCAGUGAACAUGAGUGACAUUGGGAACAAGCCUCGCGAGGACAAAGACGAGCCCGACCCUGGCACCAAAGGACGAGGAGACACAUUCCUGAUGCCCGGCACCCCAUCCCGCUACCCGAUGGCCAUAGGGUUUCGGAAGGGCCAUGACACUGGGGAGCAAGGCCAGAACAAUGAGAUGGGGGUGACAGUCCUGAUCAUGGAGCCAAUCCUGCGAUUCCUGCAACUGCUCUGUGAGAACCACAACCGGGACCUGCAGAAUUUCCUCCGGUGCCAGAACAACAAAACCAACUACAACCUGGUGUGUGAGACGCUGCAGUUCCUGGACAUCAUGUGCGGCAGCACCACGGGCGGGCUGGGGCUGCUGGCCACCGAGUACUCCCAAGGGCCCUGCCAUGAGAACCAGAGCUGCAUCGUGACGCACGAGUCCAAUGGGAUCGAUAUCAUCACGGCCCUCAUCCUGAACGACAUCAGCCCCCUCUGCAAGUACCGCAUGGACCUGGUCCUGCAGCUGAAGGACAAUGCCUCCAAGCUCCUCCUGGUUGAGAAUGCUGAGCGGAUCCUCAUCAGCCUCCGCCCGCAGGAACUGGUCGACGUGAUUAAGAAGGCCUAUCUGCAGGAGGAGGAGUGUGAGAACGCCGAGGUUUCCCCCCGGGAAGUUGGCCACAACAUUUAUAUCCUGGCGCUGCAGCUAUCCCGGCACAACAAGUCUCUGCAGCAGCUCCUGAAGCCGGUGAAGCGAAUCCAGGAGGAAGAGGAGGAGGGCAUCUCAUCCAUGCUCAGCCUAAAUAACAAGCAACUGACGCAGAUGCUGAAGUCGUCGGCCCCGGUGCAGGAGGAAGAGGAGGAUCCACUGGCAUAUUACGAGAAACACACAUCCCAGAUUGAGAUUGUGCGUCUGGACCGAAGCAUGGAGCAGAUAAUCUUCCCGGUGCCUGGCAUCUGCGAGUUCCUCACCAAGGAGACCAAGUACCGGCUCUUCACCACCACGGAGCAGGACGAGCAGGGCAGCAAAGUCAGUGAUUUCUUCGACCAGUCGUCCUUCCUGCACAACGAGAUGGAAUGGCAGAAGAAACUGCGCAGCAUGCCGCUGAUGUACUGGUUCUCCCGCAGAAUGACGCUCUGGGGGAGCAUUUCCUUCAACCUGGCUGUCUUCAUCAACAUAAUCAUUGCUUUCUUCUACCCCUAUGUUGAAGCCACUUCCAUGGGUGUGCUGGAUUCCCCCUUGAUCUCGCUGCUCUUCUGGAUCCUGAUCUGCUUCUCCAUCAUGGCCUUGUUCACCAAGCGCUAUGGUGUCAGGCCGCUCCUCGUGGCACUGAUCUUGCGGUCCAUCUAUUACUUGGGGAUUGGACUCACUCUGAACAUACUGGGAGCUCUCAAUCUGACCAACAAGAUUGUGUUUGUGGUGAGCUUCGUGGGCAAUCGUGGGACCUUCAUCCGGGGCUACAAGGCCAUGAUCAUGGAUGUGGAAUUUCUUUACCACGUUGGCUACAUCGUGACGAGCGUCCUGGGUCUCUUUGUGCACGAACUCUUCUACAGCAUCCUGCUCUUUGACUUGAUCUACCGCGAGGAGACCUUGUUUAAUGUCAUCAAAAGCGUGACGCGGAACGGGCGCUCCAUCCUGCUGACAGCCCUCCUGGCUCUCAUCCUCGUCUACCUCUUCUCCAUCGUCGGCUUCCUAUUCCUGAAGGAUGACUUCAUCCUGGAGGUGGACCGGCUGCCGGACAGCAAAGCCAAAGAUGACCCCUUGGGGAUGCAAAGGAACAUGGAGACCUUCAUGGAGUCAUGCAGCGGUGACAAAAUUAGCUGCUCUGCUGUGCCCACUGCCUUGGAAGAAGCAGAGGCAGAGCAGUGGGAACGCGCCUGCGACACGCUGCUCAUGUGCAUCGUCACGGUGCUGAACCACGGGCUGAGGAACGGCGGCGGCGUGGGGGACAUCCUGCGGAAGCCAUCCAAGGACGAGUCCUUGUUUCCUGCUCGGGUUGUCUACGACCUCCUCUUCUUCUUUAUUGUCAUUAUCAUUGUCCUUAACCUCAUCUUUGGGGUCAUUAUUGACACCUUUGCUGAUCUGAGGAGUGAGAAGCAAAAGAAGGAAGAGAUUCUGAAGACAACCUGUUUCAUAUGUGGGCUCGAAAGGGACAAGUUUGACAACAAGACAGUGUCCUUUGAGGAGCAUAUUAAAUAUGAGCACAACAUGUGGAACUACUUAUACUUCAUAGUGCUGGUGCGAGUGAAGAACAAGACAGACUACACAGGGCCAGAGAGUUACGUGGCGCAGAUGAUAAAGAACAAGAACCUUGACUGGUUCCCCCGGAUGCGAGCCAUGUCUCUGGUCAGCAAUGAAGGGGAAGGGGAACAGAAUGAGAUCCGGAAUCUUCAAGACAAACUCAAUACCACGAUGAAGCUGGUGUCCCAUCUCACCUCCCAGCUGAACGAGCUCAAGGAACAGAUGACAGAGCAACGGAAGCGCAGACAAAGGAUGGGGUUUGUGGAUGUCCAGAAUACCAUGAACCACUAAGACACAGCCGAAGCACUGGCUUCACUCACCGAGGGACUGUGCUAUGCAUCAGCUACGAGGCUGCUUCUUCCUGGGUUCCACACGUGGCUGUUGCUGUCGGGGAGGGACGGACUAUGCCAAGGACCUCAGCCACCGUUUCCCAUAGCGUGCUUGUAAGCAAUUCAGGAGCCAGGGACUGGCCAGGAUUCCUCACAAUACCUGGACCCACACGCUACUCUAAUGCCCUUGUAGGAAGAUAAAUUAUACAGGACUUUUAAUUCCUCAUUGCAAUAACUCUUUAUUUUGCAAAUGUGGAGGGUUGUAUCUUUAUCUCCAUGCGCUGCAUUCUGAGGGCCUCCCCCUCAGGUGUAGUGCAAGUAGCUGUAGGGCUGCAAUAUUUAACUUAUUCCA